AUGCAGCAGAAAUACGCCAAGGACCAGCCCGCGGGCUUCACCAACCGCAUCGAGCGCGUGGCCAUUGUCGGGGCCAGCGGCCAGGUAGGUAGCCACAUGACGGCCGCCCUGCUCUCGACCGGCAAGCACACCGUCACGGCCCUCACGCGCAGCGGCGGCAACAGCAAGAUGCCCGCGGGCGUCACAGUGGCCGCCGUCGACUACGACAGGGAGGAGACGCUCGUCGACGCCCUACGCGGCCAGCAGUUCCUCAUCAUCUCCAUAUCUGUGCUGGCGCCGCCAGAGUCGCAGACCAAGCUCAUCAAGGCGGCGGCCAAGGCCGGCGUGGCCUGGGUUAUGCCCAACUGUUACGGCACCGACGUCCGCAACGCCGCCCUCGCGGCCGAGAAUCUGACGGGCCCCGCGGUGCUUGGCGGCAUCGAGGCCGUGGAGCGCGAGGGCGUGUCGUCGUGGGUGGCCAUGUGCUGCUCGUUUUGGUACGAGUUCUCGCUGUCCAUGGGCCCCGGGUGGUACGGCUUCGACUUUGCCGGCAACAGGGUUACGCUCAUCGACGACGGCAAGACGCGCAUCAACACGUCGACGUGGGAGCAAUGCGGACGCGCCAUUAAGAGCCUGCUUACCCUCAAGGAGUUGCCCGAGGAUGAGGCCGACACGUCGCUGACACUGUCGCGGUGGCGCAACCAGCCCCUGUACAUCUCGAGCUUCCUCAUCUCGCAGCGCGACAUGCUCGACAGCGUCAACCGCGUGGCGGGCACCUCGGACGCCGACUGGCAGAUCGAGCACGAGGAGAGCCAGGCUCGGUACCGACGCGGCUUCGACAUGUUUAAGCAGGGGUCGCAUCUCGGCUUCGGCAUCGCCCUCUACACGCGCACCUUUUUCCCCAACGGCGACGGCAACUUUCAGGACAAGCACGGGCUGGCCAAUGAGGCGCUGGGUCUGCCCGAGGAGAGCCUGGACGAGGCGACGAAGCGAGCAUUGGGCAUGAUUCAAGGCGGGUUCCAGCGCAAGCCCCAAGAGCUCAACUUAUACAAGGAGGGGUAA